AUGGCUCCUGCCCGGGUCAUCGCAGACUCGGACGACUCAGACGAUGACUUCGACCUGGAAGACGGUCCAGCGAAGCCUCCAACACCCAAGAAAUCCAGCGAAGGACGUUUCUCCGAUCCAGUAAGCGCUGCGACAGGCUCGACCGACCCUCAAGUCUUCCAAGAGAUAUACAACGACCAGCGAGCUCCAGCUACAAACGACAUCUUGUCGCAUCACGAUCAUUCCUCGGUGCCCCACGGCGCGGUCUGUAGCUCCGCAUCUGAUGUCAUAAAGGCUGCGACGAAGAAGGACACCAACACCUCGUCAUUGACUUCAAUCACCGACCCGACUAUGGGAUCGAAUCGGACAAAGAAGGCAAAGAGACCGGAGAUCGUGGACCUUACGCAGGUCACGACCCCCGGGAAGAGUGCCAAUGACACGCCGAAGGACAUGUGGGACGUGCCUAGCAGCCCGGCCGAACAGCCAACAGCACCGGUUGCUACCUUGGCCAAAAACAAAACGCCUACAAGCAACAAGAGGAAGCGAGUGAACAAUGUCGAGUUUACCUCUCCAUUAGCCAUCGAGAUGCCCUCCCAAGGGUCCACACAACCGUUUGACGUCACCCCGGUAGGGAGAGCCAACUUUUCUCUACCUCAGGCAGCCAAGAAACAGAGAAUAGAUGCACCGGUGUCAUCGGCGGCGACUGACGAUAUUGACAUGGUGGUCCCCCUCGACGAUGGUUCUGUACUGGUCAAUAGCCCGAUCUCGGGACAGAAGCAGGUCUCUCUGUAUAUCGAACCCCGAGCUCUGACGGCUAGCCAACAGCUGCAAUACGAGUAUCAUUCAGUCGAUCCGUCGCCGGAUGACCAGAGACCACCGCCUUCCCGCCAUUUCACAACCUUGCAAGCUGCAGCACGCUCUAGUGGAGCUACGACUAUUGCAUACUCUACGCCCAGUCAAACACGAGUCCGGGGAAUGCCCCAAGAGUCAUUCGUAGAUGAUACGAACUCUCGAACGGCGUUCGAAGCCGUGCAGGAAAUACGAGAAGUCAUUGACCCCGAAGCGACAAUCGAGAUCCAAUCAUCACCGGACAUCAUAUCUGCAGCGCCUGUGCGCAAGAAGCGCAGUCAGCACCGUGAUGAAUCUCCGCAGGCUGCAGCGUUGCAUGUUGCAGACGAUUGGAACUCGGACGACAUUGGGUUUCCUCGUGAGAUGUACAAACCUCGACCAAGCCGACGAAGGGGUAGCGACGCUAGUCGGCAGAGCGAUAACGGGAAUGCCACAUUCACAACAGUCCCCGAGGCUGACAUGGGACCAGCUGCACAACUUAUCGAAGAGGCUGCUCCACCAGCCAGCCCUCCCAAACCCAAGAAGAGAGGGCGCCCUAGGAAAUCCGAUGCAGCAGCAGCUCCUGAGCCUGCCGAGACCCAAGCACCGUCACCCGGAGUCGCACCCGCAGUUCUGAGUGAGGUCGCCGAGAGCCCAGCUGCAGCGGAACCAACGUCAGCGGCUACACAGCAAACCAAGAAGAAAAGAGGCCGGCCAAGGAAGUCUGACAAGGUUGUCGCGGCGCACGUGCAGCAGGAACCCGUGGAUCAGCCCGCAGCCGUUGAACCCGCUGACGAGGCCAAGAAUAUUGCUGUUCCAGUGGAUUUGGAGCCUGCGGGUGAUAACCAAUUGGAGAAGACCAGCAGGUCAACCAAGCCCAAGAAGAGUGAUAAGAAGCGAUCUACAGAGGAGGUGACCGGAAAAGGGCCAGCGAGUGAGACUGCAAGUGAGGCGGGCGAAGCACGGGCUCUGCAGCCUACAACGGCCAACUCGGGGCUGAAGCCCGGUUCCGAUGGUUCGGGUCCGCAAAGCGCGGCAACAGAGGGAGAGGCGGCAGUUGUCACUCCCCAGAAGAACGAGGUCAAAAAAGAGAUGGCGGGCAAAGUCGAUGGCAAGCAGGGGGUCCCAACGCCAGCAUCGCAGGCUGGGAAGCCUCUCUAUCGGGUGGGGCUCAGCAAGAAGUCGAAGAUUGCACCACUGCUUAAAAUUGUGCGCAAGUGA